GUGUCUGUCACACCUACAGCAUGGCGAAUUUUCCUACUCUGAGUCUUGGGUCUGCUCCUUGGUCCACGUCUCACCGUUACACUGCCGUUGGUAGUGGUAGUAGGAAAGAAUCUUAUGAAGACAGUCUUUUGAGUAGUCUAGAUGAAGUUUCAUUACUAAGUGAUACAGAACAUGAUGAGUCUGAUAUUUCUAAGACAGAUAAACAAAGGAAAGAAAGUUUCUAUGCAAGACUACGAGGUUUGUUCAUUAAACCUAAGCCAAGUCUACCUAGAACGAUAACAGUUAGUGAUUCAAUAGGGAAACGACCAGUAAAGAAUAAUAGAAUAAGCAAUCAAAAAUACUCGAUAAUUUCUUUCCUUCCAAAAGUUUUAUUUCAACAAUUUAAAGUCUUUUUAAAUCUUUAUUUUCUUGUCAUUGCUUGCUCUCAAGUUGUUCCUCAAUUGAAGAUUGGUUACUGGUACACUUACUGGGCCCCAUUGAUGUUUGUAGUCAGUGUUACAAUGUGUAGAGAGCUUUACGAUGACGUUAAGAGAUACUUUCGUGACAAAGUUAUAAAUGGUCAGAAAUAUUCCGUACUUACCAGUGAUGGAUUUACUGUUGUAACUAGCGAGAACUUGUCUGUUGGAGAUAUUGUACUAGUUCAUAAGGAUCAGCGCAUACCUGCUGACAUGAUAUUAUUACGUACAUCAGCCAAUAACAAAGGAUCCUGUUUCAUCAAAACUGAUCAGUUGGACGGUGAGACUGACUGGAAGCUAAGAACUUCUCUACCUCUGUUACAGGAGCUUCAAUCAGAUGAGGAGUUGUUGACUUGCGGGAUUAAAUUGAACAUUGAGCCACUUCAGAAAGACCUUUAUUCAUUCUCUGGAAGACUGUCAAUGACACCAAGAGAGUCUGAUACAGGAAUUGAAGAGCCUUUGUCUCUUGUAAAUACACUGUGGGCUAACACAGUACUUGCUACAGGCUCAAUAGUUGGCCUAGUAAUAUACGUUGGUAAAGAAACACGCAGUGUUCUUCAUACUAGUACACCUCGAGCUAAAACUGGACUAGUUGACAGAGAGAUCAAUAACCUAACUAAAGUCCUGUUCCUCUCAAUGAUGAUACUAGCUGUCAUUAUACUCUCAUUGAAAGGGUUUUCAAGUUAUUGGUUUGUGUAUUUACUCCGUUAUGUAAUCCUCUUCUCUUACAUCAUUCCAAUCAGUUUACGCGUUAAUCUGGACAUGGGGAAGCUUGUGUAUAGUUGGAUAAUACAACGUGACUCUAACAUAGCUGGAAACCUUGUAAGGAACAGCACUAUACCUGAAGAACUCGGACGCAUCGAGUAUUUACUGAGCGACAAGACAGGGACACUAACAAAAAAUGAAAUGGUGUUCAAGAAGAUCCAUUUAGGUUCAAUAUCAUAUACUUCAGAGUCAUCGGAUGAGGUUAGAAGAUUGCUAAGCGCCUACUAUACUUCACACUCUCCUCAGGCUACUAAUGAGCUGUUGGUUGAUUGUGUACUAGCACUUGCUUUGUGUCAUAAUGUCACUCCAGUUCUUGAAGAUGCUGAUAAAAAUAACGAAUUGGAUAAAGAUGAUGAAGAAGAGGAAGUGUUGCUUUAUUCGAAAUGCAACGAAACUAAAACACUAUCUUUUCAAGCCUCCAGCCCUGAUGAGAUUGCACUAGUUGAAUGGGCAAAGAAGGUUGGUAUGGUCCUCACAUCAAGGGACACUAAUUCUAUACAAAUUGAGCUACCGGAUCACUCCAUUGCAUCAUAUGACAUAUGUCACUUGUUCCCGUUCACAUCAGAAAGGAAGAGAAUGGGCAUCAUUGUUAAAAACUCGAGAACUAAUGCUGUCACAUUCUAUAUGAAAGGAGCUGACAAUGUGAUGAGCACAAUGAUUGAGUACAGUGAUUGGCUAACUGAGGAGUGUGGUAACAUGGCUAGAGAAGGUCUUCGUACAUUGGUUGUUGGUAAAAAGCAUCUCUCGGUUGAACAAUUCAAUACUUUUGAUACUAGAUAUAAACAAGCUCAGCUUAAUAUAUCUGACAGAGAGGCAGCCACUGCUUCAGUCAUUGAAUCAAUUGAGAAUAACUUGGAACUUUUGUGUGUCACUGGAGUUGAAGACAGUCUACAGACUGAUGUUAGACCCACUCUAGAGUUAUUGAGAAACGCUGGUAUUAAAGUUUGGAUGUUAACUGGUGACAAGUUGGAAACUGCAACAUCAAUAGCUCUGAGCUCUAGACUAAUAGCACGCAAUCAACCAAUAUUUACUCUGCCAGAGGUGUCAUCAAGAGGUGAUGUACAUGCACAGUUAAACCAACUGAGAAAGAAGAAUGAUUCAUCAUUAAUAAUCAGUGGACACGGGCUUGAAUUAUGCCUUCAACAUUAUGAAACGGAGUUUAUAGAGCUGGCCUGUCAGUGUCCAACUGUAGUCUGCUGCAGAUGCUCACCAACUCACAAAUCAACAGUUGUUCAACUCCUCAAGACUUAUACUAGGAAGCCAGUCUGUGCUAUUGGUGAUGGUGGUAAUGAUGUUAGUAUGAUACAGGCAGCUAAUGCUGGGAUUGGCAUUGCUGGAAAGGAAGGACUGCAAGCCUCUUUAGCUGCUGAUUUCUCACUGACCCAGUUCAGCCACAUCAGUAGACUCUUAGUGUGGCAUGGAAGAAACUGUUAUAAGAGAUCAGCCUCAUUGAGUCAGUUUGUUAUUCACAGAGGACUCAUCAUUACUGCAAUGCAGGUUGUGUUUUCAGCUAUAUUCUAUUAUGCUGCUUUGUCUCUGUAUGAAGGAAUACUUAUGAUUGGAUAUGCUACUGUGUACACAAUGGCUCCUGUGUUUUCACUAGUCCUGGAUGAGGAUGUAUCAUCAGAUGUUGCUCUCACUUACCCUGAGCUCUAUCAAGAACUAAUGAAGGGUCGUGUUCUAUCAUUGAAGACAUUCUUCAUAUGGGUAUUAAUCAGUGUCUAUCAAGGUGGUGUCAUUAUGUUGCUUGGAUUCUGGUUGUUUGAUUCUCAGUUGAUUCAUGUAGUAUCAAUCACAUUCACUGCAUUGAUACUGACUGAGCUGCUCAUGGUAGCCCUCACCAUCAGAACCUGGCAUCUUGUGAUGAUAAUAUCUGAACUCAUUACCAUUGCUAUAUAUGUAUCAUCACUUGUUCUCCUUAAAGAUUACUUUGAUGGUAAGUUUUUACUGUCCUUUGAUUUUGUGUGGAAGACCAUGUUGAUCACAGCUCUGAGUUGCCUUCCGUUGCUAGUUCUUAAAAUUGGUUAUAGGAAAUGUGCUCCUCCUAGCUAUGCUAAGUUACUCAAGCAGAAUUCUAUGUUUAGGAAUUGUUGUCGUUUCAGUUGCUAUUAGAUCUAAUAGUAGUUAGUAUUGUUGUUGUUUUUUGUUGCUAGUUUCAUCAUAAUCAUUUGCCUCCUCUUAUUCUUUCCUAUACAUUAUUGAAUCAAUGUUAAUGACAAUAA